UAACAAGAGCAAAACAAUCAAAACAAAGACAAAUUUCAAAAAUUCGAGCAUCUAUCCGUAAAGCUAAACGGAUUCAACCAAUUCAAUUUCAACGUGAAGCCAAUAAAUUAUUUAAAGCUAAUAACAAAGAAUAUAAUGCAAAAUUUGUAAAAUUAGCUACUAAUAUAGAACAAACUUCAAUACGUAUGACAGUAGAAU